AUGAGAUCGGUCGUCAACUGGAUGAUUUACGAGACGCAGUACUGGACUAUCGGCAUACCUCGAGAAGCCGCAGUCGAUGAGACUAAUAAUGCAGGGACCUCCGUGGUGGCCGCGCCUGUCUUCACCGAAUCCCGAGAUGCGGAGUCCAGUGGAUCGGAGCCCGUCGAGGUCGACGAUGCCUGUGUCAUUUUGGAGAUCUUGACCCAAUCUAUCAAGUCCCUGUUUCGAUUGGCAUUGUUGGCCGAGAAAACGAACACGUCUCCUAAACUCGCGCGCGCGUCCAUCACGUUCGACCCAAAUGUUGACGCAUCGUUCGAUAUCGACCAGUUCGACAACGGAUCUCUGGCCGCGAACGCCUUGUCCGAGCUCGACGGGCACACGCUGCAUGCCGGCAUCAAGAGCGGGAUCUGUCUGACCUACGCCGACAGGCUCACCUACGCCAGCAGAUUUCUCGGCAUCCAGCGCGGUCCCGCGUUGGGCGAUGUCUCCGAGCAAUAUCGCUGA